AUGGCCUCGAAGAUCUAUAUGCCUGAAUACAUGCAGCAUCCUGGCUGGACCGGUCAGCACCCGGACACUAUCCAGGCUAACGGACUCCAGUUUGCCGAUCUAGACGUCGGAAACUGGACCGUCAAACUCGAGUUUCGCGUCGGAGGCAAGGUCGCGAACGGCAGCGGAUUCCUCAUCAACGUCCCCGAUUGCCCCAAAGCUGUCAUCCUUACAGCUGGCCAUAACCUCCUCGGUCCCGACGGGGCACGUUCCACAGACCUCGCCGUCCUCGAGGCGCCAGAGGCAAAGUAUGUCAUGCCGGAAGACGAUCGGUUGAAGGAUGCCAAAAAGGAUGUUGGAUUUGGAUUCGGAUGGAGCUUGCGCCUCGGUCAUGCGGAACAUAUCAAGGGCACUGUAUACGUCAGUGGCUACCAGGGCACUACGCCGUCUGGUCACCCCAUCACGUCGUCUGGCCCACUCGUCGCAGCCUAUGCAGACUGGCUGGAGUAUCGCCCUAAGACGGAGCAAGGCAUCAGCGGCUCUGUAGUAUGGACGGAGUACCAAGGGUCUCCUACCGUCAUAGCUAUUUAUAAUUCCAGCGCUGACCCUAAGCGCAAAAACGGCGGCAGCCGAGGGACGCGUCUCACUGUCGCUGUGCUACGCGAAGUCCUCUGCUUCGCGCAAGUCGGCCACUACAACGUUAGACUUCGCGCCCACGGGACCCCUAAGCAGGUCCAGCUGCUUCCCAAGCGUGGCUUGUACAUGAGCUUCCCGGAGGAGUUCCCUUUCGCUAGAGUGCGGCUUGGACCGGGAGGGGCACUGGACAUCCUUCCGGCAGAAGUCAACAAGAAAACUAAACUGCAUGCAUUGGCAGUUCGGGGGCAAUGGGCGCUCUUCAACGCACCGAAGCAGCAAAUCACGUUAAGCGCGGACGUCCAGGAGGAAUGUCUCUUCAGCAUAGAUGAUAAGACGAAGAAGGGCUCGGACGAGACAGCGAUUGAGAUCGUGAUCGCGAGGGGCGAUGGGAAGUUGCAGUUGCGCAUGCGAGGAGAGAAGCUGAAGGACCUUGAGGACGACUUUGAAGACGAGGACGCUGAGAGCUCCGAGGUUUCGAUGGUCAAAUACCCGGGCAAGGACGUACCUGCUCGUACGGCCGAAGCCUGA